AUGGCUUACGAAGACAAACGAGUGUCGUCGGACAUGUUUCGUAUCGAACAAUUCAACGAUAUGGUCGACACGCAGAAUUUGAGACGCGAAUGGGAGGAAUGGCAUAGAGCCUUCGAGUUGACAGCGGAGCUGAGAAAUGUUGCGACUCAACAUGAUAAAUUCGUGCUUCUUCUAGCGAGCGGGGGCAGAGGUCUGCAGAGAAUAUUCUAUAAUCUGAGACCGUCAUCUGAUGAGUUUCAUCCUGGACCUGUGAAAGUACCGUUAGUUCCGGUUGAAGUCCCAGAAUAUGAUAACGCAAUAAAAAGACUUAAUAAGUUUUUUAUUGGAAAACGAAAUGAACGUAUCGAAUUGGAAGUUUUCCGUUCGAUAAAGCAGACAACAGAUGAAACGUUCAAUCAAUUUCUUCUGAGGCUGCGAGGACAGGCGGCGAGAUGUGAUUUUGCUGAUCGUGACCGCGAGAUUUUGCUCAAACAAAAAGGAAAAUCAAAACCAUUAGAAGAAGACUUUUCGGGAACAACUUCAGUAGCAGCGGUACAUCAAAAGUGGAAUAAACGACAGACCUACAAUGAUUUAAACCGUAGCAGAUAUGGAGCAAAGAUGGGGAUCGACUGUCGCCGAGUUGUUGAUAGACGCAAUCAAAUGGAGUGUACUCGUUGUGAGUCAUUUAACCACCAGGCUGGAUCAGAAAACUGCUACGCGCGCAACGCACGAUGCAACGAGUGUGGAACUCUUGGACACUAUGCCAGGAAAUGCAGAAAUGUGGGCAGAAUUCGUAGAGGCGAGAAUCGAUACAAACGAAACCGUCCGAAUGCUGAGGUGAACGCUGUAGACCGUGAUGACAGAUGGAAGAAAAAAAUGAUAAAAAAGACUAAUGAGGAGCUGAAUGCAAAGGUUGAAACUUUCGUCGAAGCUGAUAAGCGCGACAACGGAACGGUGUUAUGUUUGAUUGACAAAUAUCCAGUGCCUUUCCUAAUUGAUUCAGGUUCAGCUAUCGACGCUAUAACAGAGGAUGUAUGGGACAAACUGAUUGACAGCAACGCUACAUUGUACAAGAAAAGAUUCCUAUGUGAUCGGACAUUCACGGCGUAUGCAAGUCAACAACCACUGCAAAUCCGAGUGAUGUUCGAAGCAUGGAUAUCUGUUAAUUAUUCCAAGCCGAGCUGCUAUGCUGAGAUUUUUGUAAUAAAAGGAGCAUCCAGAUCACUGCUGAGCAAAACUACCGCCGAAUACCUCAAAAUACUCAAAAUUGGUCUCGAUGUCAACAACAUUAACGUCUUGGCGGAGCACUUUCCAAAGUUCCCCAACGUUCAAGUCAAACUCUCAAUCGAUAAGUCGGUUGUCCCACGGAAAAUUUGUUACCUCAAAGUACCCGAGGCAUUGAAAGAAAAGGUAGAUGCAAAGAUUCUGGAAAUGUUGCGUUCUGACGUAAUUGAGCCAGCCAACGGUCCGGCUGAGUGGAUAUCCCCUAUGGUCGUUGUGCCUAAAGGAAAGGAUGAUAUUCGACUCUGUAUCAAUAUGCGACAUCCCAACAAGGCAAUUCAACGAGAGCAUUUCCCAUUACCCAUUAUUGAGACAUUUUUGAACAAAUUGAGAGGUGCUACAUAUUUUUCAAAACUGGAUAUAACUUCAGCGUAUCACCAUGUGGAGUUGCAUCCAGAUUCACGGAGCAUUACGACGUUCAUGACAGAUCGAGGACUAAUGCGAUUCAAAAGGCUGAUGUUCGGUAGAAAUUGUGCUCCGGAAAUAUUUCAGCGUAUUAUGACGCAGAUGCUUACCGGUAUCGAAGGGGUAAUCGUUUAUAUCGACGACAUUGUCGUAUCUGGCAGGAAUAAACGAGAGCACGAUGAAAGACUGCGACAAGUUAUGACGGUUCUCGAUGAAAAUAACACUAAACUAAACAGAAACAAAUGUGUGUUUGGUGUGUCGGAGCUUGAAAUUUUUGGGUUUAAAGUAAGCACAGCGGGAAUACGUCCAACAGAAGAAAAGAUUGCCGCGAUCAAGAACUUCAGGAAACCGGAAAGCAGAGAAGAAGUGAGAAGUUUCCUGGGACUUGUGAACUUCGUAGGUCAUUUCAUCCCUCAUUUGUCGACUAGAACAGAACCUCUGCGUCAGUUUGUGCGAGGUGAUGUUUUAAUUUUUGGAGAGGAGCAAGUCAAGGCGUUUAACGAUUUGCGAUUAGAAUUGACAAAGAAUGUACGAAAGCUUGGUUACUUUGACCCUGCAGAUUUCACAGAACUUUAUGUAGAUGCGUCCCCUGUUGGCCUCGAUGCAGUAUUAGUACAACGACAUAAAGGUAUCCCAAGAAUAAUUAGCUUUGCUUCCAAGGGUUUAACAGCAGCCGAACGUAUCUAUCCCCAAACGCAGCGUGAGGCGUUAGCUGUUGUUUGGGCCGUUGAGAAAUUUUAUUUAUACCUGUUCGGUCUGCAUUUCACUAUAUUCACCGAUCAUAAAACGCUUGAAUUUAUUUAUGGGAACAAACAUCAGGAAGGGAGAAGAGCUCUUUCAAGAGCCGAAGGCUGGGCUCUCCGUCUACAGCAAUUCAAUUUUGAAAUGAAGCACAUUGCCGGUCACACGAAUAUUUUCGAUUCAUUGUCUCGAUUAUGUUGUCAAUCUGAUGUGCCAUUUGAUGACACUUAUGCCGAACAUUAUUUGUGGGCAGUCGAGGAAGGACUUGUGGCAAUAUCCCUAGAAGAAAUCCAAGCCGAAACUGAUCAAGAUGAAGUGUUAAUUGCAGUUAAGUUGGCUCUUGAAUCUGGUAACUGGCCUCCAAACCUGUUCCGCUAUCAAGCCUUUCAUAAAGAGCUGGGAAUUUCUAAUGGCAUCGUCAUUCGGGAUGAAAGAAUCGUGCUCCCGACAAAACUGCGUACGAGGGCUCUGGAUAUAGCCCAUAGAGGUCAUCCCGGGAUAAUAGCAAUGCGUAGAAAUCUGAGGGAGAAGGUAUGGUGGCCUUGCAUGGAUCGCGAUGUAACCGACAGAAUCGAAGAAUGUGCAGGGUGUACAGCUGUCAGAAAUCAAAUGCCACCUGAACCAAUGUUCAGGAAGGAAAUGUCCGAUCGUGCUUGGCAACAGAUUGCCAUCGACUUUUUCUCAGCAAAAGAAUGUGCUACUUUUCUGAUUGUCGUCGAUUACUAUAGCAGAUUUCUGCAAGUCGGUGAGAUGAAGAGUACGACAGCUAGUAGAACGAUUGAAGCAUUGGAGUCAAUAUUCUUGGAUCACACUUACCCGGAGACUAUACGCAGUGACAAUAGUCCUCCAUUUUCGAGUAUAGAAUUUGCGAAUUAUUGUUCAACUAAGAACAUCAAGCUCGUUCGCACGAUUCCUUACUGGCCUCAAAUGAAUGGUCUUGUUGAGAGGACAAAUCAGGGCAUACUCCGAGCUCUUAGAAUUGCUAAAGCGACAAAUCGAGAUUGGCGAAAAGCAGUGAAGGAGCAUGUGUAUAUCUAUAAUACGACUCCACAUUCAGUAACUGAAAAAGCGCCAAUGGAACUUCUAACAGGGCGUCCAGUAAAAGAUUUACUGCCAUCUUUGAGAACUGACCCAGCUUGGAAUCGCGAUGAGGGUGUACGAGACAGUGAUGCCAUGAAAAAGAUUCAAGGUAAAAUCUAUGCGGAUCAGCGUCGGAAUGCUAGGACAUCCGAUAUAAAAGUUGGCGAUAUAGUGAUGGUCAGAAACUUCAACAACGGGAAACUUGAGCCCAUGUUCAAAUUAGAAAAGUGUAAAGUAAUGCAUAAAUCCGGAAAUGAUACUGUUGUUGAAGGUGAAGAAGGAGUGACGUUGCGUCGUUCUGUUACUCAUCUAAGAAAAUGGCCCAAAUCAUCAGGUGCUUCACUCCCACCACAUUCCCCGGAAUCAUUGCCGGUUUCAUCUUCCUCAGCAACAUAA